AUGAGCUGUCUAUCGGAAAAUGGCGAGAAAAAGGGAGCAGAACGGAUCCGAGCAGUGAACUCGGUGUGUUCGAUAUCGGAAAUGACGGAUGAACACCUACUGACUCGGAUGCUAGACCGACCAAGACUUAAACUCGAACGGAAAAAGUCAUUCGAUGAGACGUCUUUAAGCCUUUACGACAGUGCACAUUCAUUAGACGGUAGGUCUGGUUGGGAUACGCCUGUUUUCUCCAUGAAAGACUCGUUAGACCCUAACCCAAUGGUCACAGAAGCUUGGGAGGCUCUGUGUCGGUCUCAGGUCUACUUCCGGGGUAAACCAGUAGGAACCAUUGCAGCUUACGAUCCUGCUUCCGAGGAUGCCUUGAACUAUGACCAGGUGUUCGUACGAGAUUUUGUACCGAGCGCUCUAGCAUUUCUGAUGAAAGGAGAGUCCGAAAUUGUGAAGAACUUUCUCCUGAAGACGCUUCAUAUCCAGGGGCAAGACAAAAGAAUCGACAGGUUCAAGCUUGGUGAUGGUGCAAUGCCAGCGAGCUUCAAAGUUCUCCAUAACCCUAUCAAGGAGACUGAUACCAUCAUUGCUGACUUUGGAGAGAGUGCCAUUGGGAGAGUGGCUCCUGUUGACUCUGGCUUCUGGUGGAUCAUUCUCCUCCGAGCUUAUACUAAGUCUACAGGAGACCUUUCUUUAGCCGAGAGACCUGAGUGCCAAAAGGGAAUGAGACUUAUUCUCUCUUUGUGUCUCUCUGAGGGCUUUGAUACGUUUCCGACUUUGCUUUGCGCUGACGGUUGCUCCAUGAUUGAUCGGAGAAUGGGAGUUUAUGGGUACCCGAUCGAGAUCCAAGCCCUCUUCUUCAUGGCUCUUCGUUCUGCACUCUCUAUGCUGAAACACGAUUCCGAGGGAAAAGAGUUGAUGGACAAGAUUGUGAAGCGGCUGCACGCGCUGAGCUUCCACAUGAGAAGCUACUUUUGGCUCGACUUCCAGCAGCUCAAUGACAUUUACCGUUACAAGACAGAGGAAUACUCACACACCGCAGUGAACAAGUUCAACGUCAUCCCUGACUCUAUCCCUGAUUGGAUCUUCGACUUCAUGCCUCUCCGAGGUGGCUACUUCGUAGGAAACGUCAGUCCUGCCCACAUGGAUUUCAGAUGGUUCGCAUUGGGAAAUUGUAUCGCAGUUCUUUCCUCCUUGGCCACUCCUGAGCAGUCCAAUGCCAUCAUGGAUCUGAUUGAGGCCCGGUGGGAGGAGCUGGUCGGAGAGAUGCCUUUGAAGAUAUGUUAUCCGGCUAUGGAGAGCCACGAGUGGCGGAUUGUCACAGGUUGUGACCCUAAGAACACAAGGUGGAGUUACCACAACGGAGGCUCAUGGCCAGUGCUCCUAUGGUUGCUAACGGCGGCCAGCAUAAAGACAGGAAGACCACAAAUAGCAAGACGGGCAAUAGACUUAGCGGAGGCACGGCUGUUGAAAGAUGGAUGGCCGGAGUACUACGACGGGAAGUCGGGAAGGUUCAUCGGAAAACAAGCUAGAAAAUUUCAGACAUGGUCGACCGCUGGCUAUUUAGUAGCCAAGAUGAUGAUGGAUGAUCCAACGCAUGUAGGAAUGAUCUCAAUGGAAGAAGAGAAACAUAUGAAACCUCUUCUUAAAAGAUCUUCUUCUUGGACUUGAU